AUGUCAACUGCCGUUGUGAAAACUGACCUCAAACAAACUUUGCCGUUCCUCGCCAGAGGUAAAGUCAGAGACAUCUACACCAUCCCUGACCAAUCGCUCUUGUUGUUCGUGGCCACCGACAGAAUCUCUGCUUACGAUGUUAUCUUGAACAAUGGGAUCCCAAACAAGGGGAAAAUCUUGACUCAGUUGUCAAUCUUCUGGUUCAAUUACCUCGGAGACGUGAUCCAAAACCAUUUGCUCGAGGCCAACAAGAAGGAUCAAAACAAGAAUCUUUUGGAAGUGUUGCCAUCGGCGGUCUCCAACGAUUCUCAGAUCAUUGGCCAACUUCUCGAUAGAUCCUUGAUCGUUAGAAAAUUCAAAUUGGUGCCAUUAGAAGUCAUUGUUCGUGGAUACUUGACAGGAUCUGCCUGGAAAGAAUACCAGCAAUUCGGUACAGUUCACGGUGCCAAAUACCCACCGGGAAUGCAAGAAUCUCAACAAUUCGAAACCCCAAUCUUCACCCCUUCUACUAAAGCCGAACAAGGCGACCAUGAUGAAAACAUCGAUAAAGCCCGUGCCGUAGAAAUCUUGGGGGGUAACCAGAAAUUGGUGGACGAAAUCGAAAAAGCCGCUAUUGCUUUAUACACCAAGGCUAACGAAUACGCCAAGACCAGAGGGAUCAUUAUUGCCGACACCAAAUUCGAGUUUGGGUUGGAUGAAAACAAUCAAUUGGUGUUGGUUGACGAAGUUUUAACUCCAGAUUCUUCCAGAUUCUGGUCUGCCGACACUUACAAGUUGGGUCAAGGCCAAGAUUCCUUUGAUAAGCAAUUCCUCAGAAACUGGUUGACCGAUCGCAAGUUGAACGGUGUUGAUGAUGUUACCAUCCCAGAAGACAUUGUUGUAAAGACUAAGGCCAAGUACGUUGAAGUCUUGGAAAAGUUGACUGGCGAAAAAUUCAUUGAAUAG